CCGCGCGCCCGGUGGCUGCAGCGUACAUCCGCCGAAAGAAAACCCCACCAAAUACAACCAAUCCAUCGCCUCGUCUCCAUAUAAAACCGGCAAACCCAAGAGAGAAGAAGAAGAAGAAAAAGAAAGCCAAAGACAAAGCGAUCGAUCGGAGAACGAACGAACGAAGCGCGUCGCGUCCCACUCCUCCCCUCCUCCUCCUCCGCCGCGAGCGCGCGCACGCGCGUGCAGCCUCCGCCUCCUCCCUCACGCCACCACCACCACCACCUCGCGCGCGCGCGCACUACUGCACCAAACCCCCCGCACUAAGUGGUUGUGUUCUUGUUGGCGAGGAGGAGAGAGGGGUGGGGUUUGUGGUGUCGUCGUCCAUGGCGGCGGUGAUGCACCGGUCGAGCUCGGAUGGCGGGUCGAGCAGCGGGUGGUCGGAGGCGGCGGCGGCGUCGGCGGCCGGGGACGAGAGGGCCGGGUGGGAGGUGCGCCCGAGCGGGAUGGUCGUGCAGGCGCGCGAGGAGGGCCCCGGCGGUGGCGGCGGCGGAGGAGGAGGGAUGGGGAUCCCGCCGAGGCCUCCGCCGCCGGAGAUCAAGGUGCGGGUCAAGUACGGCGCCGCGCGGCACGAGGUCGCCGUCUCCUCCAUUGCCUCCUUCGGCGAGCUGAAGAAGCUGCUGGCGGCGAGGACCGGGCUGCCGGCGGCGGACCAGCGGCUGACGUACAGGGGCAAGGAGCGGGGCAACGCCGACUACCUCGACGUCUGCGGCGUCAAGAACAGGUCCAAGCUCUACCUCGCCGAGGACCCGACCAGCGUCGAGCGGCGCUACAUCGAGCGCCAGAAGAGCGCCAAGAUCGAGACCGCCAACCGCGCCAUUGGCGCCAUCGCCUUGGAGGUCGACAAGCUCGCCGAUCAGGUAAGGAGCAUCGAGAAGUCGAUCACCCGUGGGAGCAAGGUCGCCGAGGUGCAGAUCACGACGCUGAUCGAGCUGCUGAUGCGGCUUGCUGUGAAGCUGGACAGCAUACACGCUGAAGGGGACUCGUCUUCCCAGAAGAACAUUCAGGCGAAGAGGGUGCAGAAAUGCGUGGAGACGCUGGAUGUGCUCAAGAUCUCCAACGCGCGGUUGCAGAAUGUGAUAGUGACGACCAAAUGGGAGACGUUCGAUGCUCCUGCAACGACGCAGUGGGAGCUGUUCGACUGAAGGUGAAAAACAAAAGAAGCCCAGAAAUGCAUAGCAGUACAAAAAACAAUGGUGUUGGUUUUGUUUGCGUUUGGUUGGUUCGUAUCUUGAGUUGUUCAUGUCAGUUUUUGUGGCAUGCAUGCAAAAUUGGUUGUAAUAAUGGUUGGUGAGCUGGUAGAUUAAAUUAGGUGGUAGAGGAACCGAAAACCCCACUGUUAAUUGUCUGUAAUCAUCGUCGUCAUACCUCUCCCGACUCGAUCGAUUCAUGGAUGGAUCAGUCCAAUAAAAGGAAAGCAGCAGCACUGUUCUUUCUUUCUGUA